AUGUCAUCAACACUAUCUGACGAUAUAAAACGUUUGAAAACAGAAUUCCCAUAUACUUCUGUGGAAUCGUUGCAUGGAAUACCUAAGAAGACCAAAUUACCUGCUUCGUCUUUACUGGAAGAACUGGGCAAACUUUCAAAGCUAAUCAAGUCCAAUGCAACCAAAUUAGGGAUUAUCUCAACUCCAGAUAAGAUUUCAAAUAAUGAAGAUGCUUUCAAGACGCAAAUGGUAGAGUUGAUGAAUGUUGUAUUCUAUUUACUUUCAUUGGUGCCGUUAUUUCAUGACUCACACUUCGCAGACUACUUUAUCAACAAAUUGGAUAAUGAUAUUGUUUCUUUAGUUCAGAGCAUUCACAAAUUAUCAGAUGAACUAGUUGAAAUAGUUAACUCAGAUGCAAAAGACUUUAAAGAUCCAAUUAUUGCCGAGGAUGAGAAACUUGCCAAAUUUUUGAAAGAAAGACUCAUUUCGAUUGGUAUGCUUUGGUCGCAAUGUGAACACCUAGAGUUAUUAUCAAAUCAAGGUAACUUAGGACUCUUGACUGAGUAUUUGUCUUCUUCAGUGAAGCUUCUACAAGAUUCAAUCGAAGAGUUAGAAGAGUGGUUGGAGGAUCCAGUAAUAAAUUCAGACCCAUUCGGAAUGAAUGACAAGUUCAGUGAUGAGGAAGGUACGGAUUUAGAUGAAGAAGAGGAAGAGGAAGCUUCAGAAUCCAUGAUUGAAUUUGUCAAAUCACUAUCGCAAAAAUCUCGUCUCCUUAAGCUCUUGUUGAGUUCAUUAUCCAAAUCGAUAACCAUAAAAAAGGAUACUGUAACUACAGCAGCAUAUCUAUCUGAGCUAAAUCAACUCCACAAUUCAAUAGUUUCUAACUCUGAUACUUUAAUUUCAUCCACCUUAGUGAACGCUGAAUAUGAAGUAGAUCCAGAAGUGGAAACAUCAGUACUUGCUAUCAAUAAUGAUGUUAAGAAAGUUAUAAAAAUUAUUACACAGCUAAACGGUUCAGAUGAGUCCAAGUUGAAAUGGAUACAGGUAUGGUCAAAUAAGUGGAGUUCUUUGAAUAAUUAG